ACUUGGGCUGUUCCACACGCUCUCGCCGACCAGAGUUACAAUUCACCCAAAGGCGCUUCCCGUAAUCCAAAGCUUUCGCCGUCGCUUUCCCUGCAACAAGACGGAAAGCCAACCCAUCGCCUUCCCUAAAAUCCAAAUUUUCUCUCUUUAAUUUGAUCCGCUUAAUGUGAAAUCCGAUCGACCCUGGCGGUGUUUAGGGUUGGAUCCGGCCGCCGGAUGGGAAACUCCCGCCGGUCGCGGACUUUCUUCGCCACGGACGACGUCCCCGCCGACCCCCAAUCCGACCGCUACGUCUUUUCUAACCACCAUCAUUUUGGAGGAGGAGGAGGCGGCGGCGGCUUCGGCUUCGGCCGUGGACUUGACCACAAGUGGAUGACUGUCAUCGGCAGCGACGCCAAGUCGGGUGGCAAAAUCGAGGAGAAGUACCUGAUCGGGCGCGUUCUCGGCCAAGGCGAGUCCGGCGUCACCUACCUCUGCGUGGAUCGUGACACCAAGGAGCGGUUCGCCUGCAAGACGAUCCUGAAGCGCAAGUUGCGGACGAUGGUGGACGUGGAGGACGUCCGGCGGGAGGUCGCCAUAAUGCGGCACGUUCCCAGGAGCCCCUGCCUCGUCGGGCUCCGGGAGGUGCGCGAGGACGACCGCGCCGUGCAUCUGGUGAUGGAUCUCUGCGAGGGCGGGGAGCUCUUCGAUCGGAUUGUGGAGAGGGGGUAUUACUCGGAGCGCGCGGCGAAACCCGUCGUUAGGACGAUCGUUGAGGUUGUGCAGCUGUGCCACAAGCAUGGAGUGAUGCACCGUGAUCUCAAGCCAGAGAACUUUUUGUUCGUUGACGACAAGGAGAACUCUCCGCUCAAAGCCAUCGACUUUGGGUUGUCCAUAUUCUUCAAGCCGGGUGAAAGGUUUUCUGAGAUCGUUGGUAGCCCAAAUUACAUGGCUCCUGAAGUUCUAAAGAGAAAUUAUGGACCAGAAAUUGAUAUUUGGAGUGCUGGAGUGAUUCUUUAUAUCCUCCUUUGUGGAGUUCCUCCAUUUUGGGCUGAAAACCAACAGCGGGUUGCACAAGACAUUCUUCGAGGGGCUAUAGAUUUUGAAUGUGAACCAUGGCCAAGUGUUUCUGACAGUGCCAAAGAUUUAGUUCGAAGAAUGAUGGAAUCUGAUCCCAUGCUACGGUUAACUGCAAAUCAAGUCCUUGAGCACCCCUGGCUUCAAGAUUUGAAGAAAGUUUCAGAUAUACCUCUCGGUGAUGUAAUCAAGUCUAGGCUCAAGGACUUUUCAAGUAUGAACAGAUUUAAAAGGAGAGCUUUGAGGGUUAUUGCUGAUCACUUAUCCACUGAAGAAGUUGAUGAUAUUAAGGAGAUGUUUAAGAUGAUAGACACUGACAGUGACAAUAUUGUUUCCCACGAUGAACUCAAAGCUGGGCUUGCUAAGUUUGGUUCACACUUAAGGGAGUCCCAAAUACAGAUGCUUAUUGAAUCUGUCGAUGCCAACGGGAAGGGUACCUUAGGUUAUGUGGAUUUUAUAGUUAUUUCCCUUCACUGGCAAAGGAUUCUAAAUGACGAGCAUCUUAGAAAGGCCUUCUCCUUCUUCGACAAAGAUGGGAAUGGCUUUAUUGAACCUGAGGAACUUCGUGAGGCACUAGCCGAAGAUGGAACUUGUGAUAACAAGGAAGAGACAAAGGACAUCUUGCAGCAACUUGAUACCGAUAAGGAUGGGCAAAUAGGCUACGAUGAAUUUGUGCUGAUGAUGAAGACGGUAACAGAUUGGAGGAAGGCCCAUGAGGCUUGGAGACCUGGGCGACCUCGGAUGGCGGCGCCGCGGGUGGAGGUGGAGGACGUGAUCGAAUUCCUCAGGUUGCGCGGUUUCUCCGCCGCCGCCGCCGCACUCCGCGACGACGCACUUUCUCGCCUCCCCGCCGGCGAGGCAGCCAACCUUGACCUUGACCUCAACGCAGGGUUCGAUCUCCCGCCCCUGAAGCUUUCUCCUCCGUCCCGUGUAGGUGCAGUCGGCUUCGAGAGUUCGCUUCCCAGCGCCUCCUCCAGCUCCUCCGACGCGUUCGUCAGCAUCAACUCUUCGCCUUCGGAGCUUUUGAAUCCCUACGGAGUCUGGUCACCAGCUCGGUCUAGAUCGGAUGACGAGUCAACUGAUGGACACUCGAACUUUGGGACCGCCCGAGAGUACAAUAAUUACUGGUAUGAUGACCAGCUUGGAGGAUAUUACAAUAAUCCCUUCUUCGUGCAGAAUGAUUCUGGCCAAUUACACAUGGAGGACAAGUUCAUUAUGUCUGGACAGGGAAAGGAGCUGUUUGAGAAGCAAACUCAAGAUAGGUUUGAUGUUGUAGCAAACGAUCAUAGGCAUGAGCAUGACAAUGUUAACUGUGAGGGAUGCGUUGAUAUCUACAAUUGCCCUUUCCCAAUUUGUGAUUGCUGCCGUGGAUCAAAAUUACAUGAAAGUGGUGACGUUGCUGAAAUGGUGAGAAGUUCAAGCUUUGCUAUUUAUGGCCGCUAUCAGAUCUUGGAUGACCAGAUGGAGAAGUUGGAUGAAUGUGAAGGGAAUGAGUUCCAAUUCAAAGGGGUACGUGAUCUGCCAGAUUCCAUUGUUCUAGAACAUGAUUUGUUUCACGAUAAAAGUCAAAUUGAAGGCAAAGAAUGUGUAGAAUCAGAUUUGGCAGAGGAAAAACUGCAGACAUUUAAUGCCAAUGCAGCUGAUGAUAGUGGUUGUACAAGUCAUGGCCAAUUUUCUCCAAUUGCACAAAUGGCUUGUACUUUACAGGAAUUUGAGUCUGAAACAAAAAUAAAUAGGGAUAUUGUAGAAGAUUCAUAUGACAGAAACUUAAUUUGUUUGAGCAAGAGAAAUGAUGGGGGAUUACAAACUGAAUCUUUUAGUUUACCUCCGUUUGAAGAGGUAUUUAAACGAGAUGCUAAUUCUGCCUAUGAACAUUGGGAUCACAAGACAACUGACAAGAAACUAGAGGUAUCUGGAGAUGUUGACAUGGAAUUAGAGGGCAAUAUUACUGAUGAGCUUCAUUUUCCUACUUCCUGUGAAGAUGAACUGGAAAUAUUUGACUUGAGAAUAAUUCACCGGAGGAACAGGACUGGCUUUGAAGAAAAUAAAGAGUUUCCAAUUAUCCUGAAAUCAGUUGUAGCAGGCAGAUACUAUAUCACACAGUAUCUUGGUUCAGCUGCAUUUAGCAAGGUUGUUAAGGCGCAUGACCUACAUACAGGAAUGGAUGUAUCCCUCAAGAUAAUAAAGAAUGAUAAGGAUUUCUUUGAUCAGAGUUUGGAUGAGAUUAAACUUCUCAAGUUUGUUAACAAGCAUGAUCCUUCUGAUGAGCACCAUCUAUUGCGCCUUUAUGACUACUUCUACUAUCAGGAACAUCUUUUCAUUGUUACAGAGUUGCUACAAGCUAACUUGUAUGAAUUUCAGAAGUACAAUCACAAAUCUAGUAGUGUGGAAUACUACACAUUGCCCAGAAUACAGGCAAUAGCUCGACAAUGUCUAGAGGCAUUAGAAUUCCUCCACCAUCUAAGGAUAAUUCAUUGUGAUCUGAAGCCUGAGAAUAUCCUCAUUGAGAGCUACAGCAGAUGUGAAAUUAAGGUUAUUGAUCUUGGAAGCAGUUGCUUUGAGUCAGACAACUUAUCUGUAUAUGUGCAGUCUCGUUCUUAUAGAGCCCCUGAAGUUAUCCUAGGUCUCCCUUUUGGUCAGAAGAUUGAUAUUUGGUCCCUUGGUUGCAUCCUUGCUGAACUGUGCACUGGUGAUGUGCUAUUUCCAAAUGACUCGGUACCCUUGAUACUUGCCCGGAUGAUGGGGAUCCUUGGUCCAAUUGAUGAGGAGAUGCUUAUACUGGGAAAGGAAACAAGCAAAUAUUUCACUGAAAGUUUUGAUCUUUAUCACGUGAAUGAGGAAACGCGCCAGGUAGAGUACCUGAUACCAGAGACAUCCUCUUUGUCACAACAGCUGCAAAAUUCGGAUGCCGAAUUUGUUGAUUUCCUUUCUUAUUUGCUCCAAACAAACCCUAGGAGGAGGCCCACAGCCAGUGAAGCGCUAAAACAUCGAUGGCUUUCCUUCUCAUACCAGUGAAAAAUGAGAUUUUGUACUUUUGCUGGCAUGCUCACAUCCAAUUGGAUGUCUAGAGCAAAAGCUUUUAGUAAUUACUGUGGUUGCUGUUGCUGCUGCUGCAAGUGUGCAGUUUGGGCAUCUAAUUUUACCACAGGAACUACAAGUAUAGACCAUGUAAAUAUUUCAUAAUUGUGCCUUUGUUUAAUCCUGAAAGGAAAGUGUUGUGUGAUUAGGUAAUCAACUACAGCA